UGAUUCUCCAAAGCAUGCUUGGCUUUGGGCAGCUCAGACAGAGAGAGCAUUGCAGAGUUCAGCAGCAAUUAGUCAGCUUCAGAUCAGUGGAAGGGAUCAGUGAUCUCUGUGCAAGAGCUAAGGAAUCUUCUCUUUUUUCUUCUUCUUCUUCUUCCAGCCCCUGUCCUCCAAGGUUUCAGAUGUCCUGCCUGACCCCCUGCAAGUCGUCUGCCCACCAGAGACAUCCCACCUCUGGAUUGUGAUCAUUGACAUUUCAGCUCCAGCUCCCAACCUGUUUACAGCAAGGCUUCCUUCAAAAGCUCAUCUCCAGGCUGACAAUUAGGAUUUCAGCAGAAGGAGGGGGUAGACACGGAUUAAGACUUUUUUUUUUUUUUUUUUUUGGCAGGGGGGAGUUGAACAUGUCAUCUUUCCUUUUUCCAGGCAAUGUUUAACAUGCUGGGAGCCAGCCUGUAGCUGCACUGCUGGGGAAGCGCACCAAGAAGUAUCUACUGUGCCCGGUGGCAUCCGCGGAGCAUUGCAUGGGAUGGUCUGGAUGCCCUCCUGAGUUAUGAAAGCCUCCUCGCUGUGGAUGGACCCCUGAGUGAUGGAUGUUGGUUCCCUACCUACUACAGCACAGAUCAAAGUCCUGGGAACCCGUGGCCCCCAGAAGCCAGCUGUCCACUCACCGGAUUUUAUCCUUCCAGUAUGUUUCUUUCCAUGAGGCAUCUCCUGAAGCCCUCAGCCUCAGUACAAUGUGGAAAUGGAUACUGACAUAUAGUGCCCCAGGCUUGUCUCACCUGCCCCGCUCAUGGCUGCUCUUGUUUUUGGUCUAUUCGCUGGCUGUCACCUGCCAUGAGGUCGCCGGUGGUGGCAACAGGGACUUACUGCGCUCCGCGGAGUUCUCCACCAACUCUUCUUCUGGGAGGCACGUGCGGAGCUAUAACCACCUCCAAGGAGAUGUGCGCUGCAGGAAACUCUUUUCCUUCCACAAAUACUUCCUUAAGAUCGAUGACAACGGCAGGGUUAGUGGCACCAAGAAGGACGACUGCCCUUACAGUAUAUUGGAGAUAACAUCGGUGGAUGUAGGGGUUGUGGCAGUGAAAUCCAUUAACAGCAAUUAUUAUUUAGCCAUGAACAGAAGAGGCAAAGUCUAUGGUUCUAAGGAAUUUAACAUUGACUGUAAACUAAAGGAGAGGAUAGAGGAGAAUGGUUAUAAUACCUAUGCAUCUCUAACCUGGAAGAACAAUGAGAGACAAAUGUUUGUGGCACUAAAUGGUAAAGGAACCCCAAAAAGAGGACCAAAAACAAGAAGGAAAAGCACAAAUGCUCACUUUCUUCCUAUUCCUCUAUAGCUUCACAUGAAGGAUUUGCUAACAAAGACCUACAGAGAACAUUCUAAAGGGCUUCAACACUUCGACACAAAGAGGAAAACCAGUUGUGGAGUUCACAAGCGUACCAAGUCUUCCAGAGGCUGUUUCUCCAGUGCCGCGUUCCUGCAAGCGGCCAGUUCGGAUAAAAUAAAAGCUAGCCGCCCGUUUGAAGAAUGUUAUUUGUUGUGUGUACAAUGCUGUUUAAAGGACGAGAGACAAUCAUGCAGAUGAUCUUCCGGGAAAGUUAUUUAUGGAAUACAAACUUAAAUCAAAGAUCUUCUUUUCUCAUUCAGACCCAGCGAUCCAGCGAGCAGACAGACACGCAAAGCAUUUGCUGAAAGUACUUGGGUCAAAUUGACAACAAUGAUGGAUAUUUUUUUUUGAAGAGACAUCCACAAGAAUGUAUGGGAUUAAGAUGUGUAAACACGUGCAAACUGUUCUAACAAAACAAAUAAUGUGGUAUUCCCGUGUAUUCUAUGUACUGCGUCCCAACCCCCACCCCACUGCCUUUGUGUUCCUUUGUAAGUUAUUUAUUUAAUAGAAUGUUUAAUAUGUGUUUUCAGUGUUUAAAGCUGAGUGUCUGCAUUUGUGCAUCAUUUUUUUUCAUUAUCCUAGAGAGAUUGUUCUUUCUGCUUUAACAUCCUAAGAACUGACAAAGUUUCAGAAAAGACGUUUAUGUGAAAAUUAAGAAAACGCUUUUUGUUGGUUGGUCAUGUAGGUGUUUUAAAGAAGAACUCCAAUCAUAAAACAAAAAUCUCUAAAUGGCACACAAAAUUUUUUUUUUUUUAUUCAUUACUCUUUUGAUUGUAUCUUCGCUCCAUGUUUUACCAUAUAUGGCUGCUUUUUCUAGAAGACUAGGACUCAGUGAUCUAAGACUGCAGUUUUGUCACUGAAAAGUUCCCAGCCCACUGCCCAAAGCAUUCCUGAACUCUGUGUCCUGCCUACGUACUUGCCUCAACCACUCCCAGUGCAUAAGACGUGAGUACUACAGGUAGUACAAGCCAGUGGUCUCCAAACUGUGGCCCUGGGGCCAGAUGUGUCCCUGUGUUUGCUUUUAUCCAGCCCUUGGGGCAUUAUUCCCCCCUCCGUCAUCAACGGUGGGGCAUAGGUCCUGCCACUGACACCAAUGAUGAAGCACUAAUUUUCCCACUGAUACUAUUGAUGGGGUACUAUUCCUCCCAUUGAUAACAAUAAUUGGACACUAUUC